UUCCGGUGACGGAACAGCGGCGGAAGCAAUGACUGAGGCAGUUCCGGCGGAGGCCCAGGUUCGGCCCGCUUGCCAUGGAGGAGAUCGGCAUUCUAGUGGAGAAGGCGCAGGAUGAGCUGCCGGCCCUGUCCAUCUCCCGGCCCCAGACCGGCCUGUCCUUCCUGGGGCCCGAGCCCGAGGACCUAGAGGACCUGUACAGCCGCUACAAGAAACUGCAGCAAGAGCUGGAGUUCCUGGAGGUGCAGGAGGAGUACAUCAAGGAUGAGCAGAAGAAUCUGAAGAAGGAGUUCCUGCACGCUCAGGAGGAGGUGAAGCGCAUCCAGAGCAUCCCCCUGGUCAUCGGGCAGUUUCUGGAGGCCGUGGACCAGAACACAGCCAUUGUGGGCUCCACCACUGGUUCUAAUUACUAUGUCCGGAUUCUCAGCACCAUUGACAGGGAGCUGUUGAAACCCAAUGCUUCUGUGGCCCUCCACAAACACAGCAAUGCUCUGGUGGAUGUUCUGCCCCCAGAAGCUGAUAGCAGCAUCAUGAUGCUGACCUCAGACCAGAAGCCUGAUGUCAUGUAUGCUGAUAUCGGAGGCAUGGAUAUUCAGAAGCAGGAGGUGAGGGAGGCUGUGGAACUUCCGCUGACCCACUUUGAGCUCUAUAAACAGAUUGGAAUUGACCCACCACGAGGAGUCCUUAUGUACGGGCCCCCAGGCUGUGGAAAGACUAUGUUGGCAAAGGCUGUGGCCCAUCACACAACAGCUGCAUUUAUCAGGGUUGUGGGUUCAGAAUUUGUGCAGAAGUACCUAGGUGAGGGACCUCGAAUGGUUCGGGAUGUUUUCCGCUUGGCCAAAGAGAAUGCACCUGCCAUCAUUUUCAUUGAUGAGAUUGAUGCCAUUGCUACCAAGCGAUUUGAUGCUCAAACUGGGGCUGACCGGGAGGUUCAGAGGAUCCUGCUUGAGCUUUUGAAUCAGAUGGAUGGAUUUGACCAGAAUGUCAAUGUCAAGGUGAUCAUGGCCACAAACCGGGCAGACACUCUGGAUCCUGCCUUACUCCGGCCUGGCCGGCUUGACCGUAAGAUUGAGUUUCCAUUGCCUGACCGUCGACAGAAAAGAUUAAUUUUUUCUACUAUCACCAGCAAGAUGAACCUCUCGGAGGAGGUUGAUCUGGAAGAUUAUGUAGCCCGCCCAGAUAAGAUUUCUGGAGCUGAUAUUAAUUCUAUCUGUCAGGAGGGUGGAAUGUUAGCUGUUCGUGAGAAUCGAUACAUUGUGCUGGCCAAAGAUUUUGAGAAGGCAUACAAAACAGUCAUUAAGAAGGAUGAGCAGGAACAUGAAUUCUACAAGUGACCCCUGAUUAAGUCCAGGGGCUUCUUCCAUUUUACUCUCCCCAGGUACCCCUACAGCUCCCAGGGGCUAGUCCCCUUCUUUCUCCAUGUAUGGAAUUGUUUUCUUCAAUAAAUUUACAAGAUUGAAUCCA